AAAAAUGAUAACAAAAAAACAAAAGAUCCCCAUGAAGUAAAAUAAAAAUCCACACAACCCAACUCAUAAUUCAUCUACUUAUAGCCAACCUCACUGCCUCCAUUUCCUACAUCUCAAAGAUCUAAUCUUUUCUUAAAUUUCCUUUCUUUUGAAUUCUACCAUUUUUGUUAUAUACUCUUAAUCUCCCCCUCACUUUUAAAUUCUUUGAAUCCAAUUCCAAUUUUAGUAAUAAAUUCUCAAUAUAUAGUCAUACCCUUCUCUUCAUCUUCUCAAGAUUUUCUAAUCUUUGUUGAAGAUUUGUAAUUUUUGGGUAGUGAAAAAAAAUGGAGAUGGUAUUGAAAUCAAAUCAAGAACUAAUUCCAGGGUUACCAGAUGAGAUUGGUAGAGAAUGUUUGGUAAAAGUACCGUUUGAAUUCCAUGGUAACAUGAAAUCAGUUUGUCAUUCUUGGAAAAAUUUGAUUUCUCAUCCUUCUUUUUAUCAACAAAGAUUCAAGCUUGGUACUUCUGAGCAUCUUGUUUGUUUAGUUCAACCUCUUCCUCAAUCUGAAUCCGCCGACCCAGUUACCGGAGAAAUGGUCUCCGCUACUGUAUCUGAAAAUGAAGACAAGACGGUGGAGCAGCAGCAGCAGCAGCAACGGCAGCAGAUCCAUACUCCGCCGCAGUUUGCUCUGAGUAUUUUUAACAUCAACUACAAUCUCUGGCGAAGAACACGGCCGCACGGCGGAAUACCGAUGUUCUGCCAGUGUUUAUCAGUCCCCUCUCAGGGGAAGAUACUCCUCAUCGGCGGUUGGGAUUCCGCUACUCUCGAACCGGUACCGGAUGUUCACAUCCUCGAUCUCACCGCCGGCGGGAAGUGGAGACGGGGAGCUUCAAUGUCGGUGUCGCGGUCAUUCUUCGCUUGCGCUUUAGUCGGGUCAAAUUUGGUAUACGUCGCCGGCGGGCACGACGGGCAGAAGAACGCUCUGAAGUCAGCGGAGGUGUACGACAUUGAAAAAGACGAGUGGAGGACGGUGGCGGAUAUGAACGAAGAGAGGGACGAGUGUGAAGGACUGAGUUGGGACGGUGAGUCAAAGUUCUGGGUAGUGAGUGGCUACGGUAGCGAGAGUCAAGGACAGUUCAGAUCAGACGGUGAGUGUUAUGACCCGGUGAGUGGGCGCUGGUCUAAAGUUGACGGGGUUUGGCCUUUUAAUAGUGUUAGUCCGAGAGGUGUUAGCACUGCAGUUUCCGGUGGGGGAAAUGAAAAGCAGUGGUGGUGGUUCUUGAGAGAUGAACAAGACCGCCGGCAGCAGGGGCGGAGGAGGGGCGAGGACAUGAGUGUGGAGAUUGUGGAUUCUAUUCAACUGCCGGAUUGUUUGAUUGGAAACAGUCCUUUUGUGAGCAGUCUUGGGUACGGUAAAGUGUUUGUGAUGGGUGGCAAAAAUGUAAGAACGUCAGUGUCGUGUAAUGAAUGUGAGUGUGAAGGGGCGUUUAUUUUGGAUAAAGAUUGGAAAAAUGGGAGUGUGAAGUGGAACCAUGUCCAUACACCUGUUCAGUUUUCUGGGUUUCCAUUUUCAGCUUGUCAUUUGACAAUGUGAGCUCAGAUUUGGACCUGUUUUAAGUGAGUUUCUGGGUGUUUUUGAUUUUGGUUUUGCCUUUUGCAGACCUUAAAAUGAGGGUGUUUUAUGUGCUUCAACUAUGUUUAUAUUUUGCAAACAUAUGAAGAUCAUUAGUUUUCUUUUUUA